UCUUGGAACUAAAAGAGAAAAGCAGAGCAUCUCGCUGUAAGUAGGCGAUUCAGCUCUUCACGACAAUGAAAUGGAUUCGUUAUCGCCAGCACAUGCUGCGGACACCUCUCUCUCAGAUGAACAGUUGCCACAACAAAGAAACGGUUUGCGCGGAGAUGAAGCAACGGGAACCGAUAUUUAUGAUAAAACCCGUCCGAGUGGCCAGGUGAUUGGCAUCAGCUUUUGUAGAGACACACCACUGCUGUGGCGGGUAGCUGAGUUGAAAACAGCCCGUGAGGAAUUCGGGGUAAUAGGGUCCCUGGUUGGGUCAUUGGCCAGACAGCCACGGCAGAAUGUACGUUUGGGAAGACCGUUAGAGCUACUGAACGAAGAAGCACAGUUGCUCUCACAGACAGGGAAAGCCGUGGCCUUACGCAAUGUGGAGUCUGAGGAAGAGGAGGGCAACUCGGAAGCUGUGCAGCGUUACCAGGCUUAUCUGGAUCGUAAUUAUGAAGAGCAAAAGGCCUUAGCACUGGAGGACAAGAAAGCAGUCCUGCAGAGAGUCAAAACUGAGAGACACAACUGUAACACUGGUGGUGAAGAUGUAGAAAAAGCAGUACAGAAACGUUUGGACUCUCUGGACAAAAGCUUCUCUUUCCCACGUUCUGCCAUGGCUAUCCAGCUGUGCACAGCUAGGGCAGGCCUAAGUCACUGCCCUGAAGAACGUAGCUUUUUGGCUGCUGAUUGGCCAAUGCCUCAGGAUGCCAGGUCUCAAAUGAGGUUCGGUGUGUUCAGGGAUCUACGGAGACGGGGCUUCUAUCUUAGCUCUGCUGGGAAGUUUGGGGGUGAUUACCUUGUGUAUCCAGGCGAUCCUCUUCGUUUCCACGCACACUUCAUUGCAGUGUGUGUUUCCAUGGAUGCGCAAAUGCAGCUAUACGAUAUUCUGUCUAUAGCACGGCUGGGGUCUAACGUGAAGAAAACAGUUCUGCUGUGCUCACCUGGUAACAGUGAGGAAGAGGAGGAGGUGGUGUACACAUCGCUGCAGUGGAGUGGUAUGGCUUAGAAAUGCAAGCUGUCUCAGAGCUGCGAUGGUUACAGCAAUGACAGUAGUAGCACUCAAAACAAGGACACUCUUCAUCUGUGCCAUGAGAAAAGUGUGUGUGUGUAUUUGUAUGGAGUUAGUGUG